AUGUUUUCCAAGGAAAUUCAAUUUAAAAGGCCAAGAAUCGAAAACAAAGUGUCCAUUCACAAUGUCUCACACGUUCUAUUUCCUGAAUUUCAAAGAAGUUCAUACUUGUUUGAAAACAAUGAAGUUUAUGUAAUAACGGGCGCAAAUAUGGCAGGGAAGUCUUGCUAUUUAAGAAACUUGUUUCACAUAGCUAUUUUAUCAAAGAUUGGGUGUUUUAUUGACUGUGACAGUGCUGAAGUUCCAGCUUUUGAUGAAAUGUACUUUAUUAACAGUAUUGAGGAUGUCAACAUUCUAACACAGAAGAUAUUAAAAAAGACGGUUAGCAUAGAAGAAAACUACAAAACACCAGAAAGACUGGUUUUAAUCGAUGAACUUCAUUGCUGUUCAAAAAUACAGUUGAACUUACUGCUUCUUCUUAAGAAUAGUAGGAUUCUGACUCUUUUUGUAACUCAUCGAACUGAAUUAAUCGAUAAAUUAAAAGACAGGAAUUUUAAAAUAUUUUCGUAUGAGAACUUUCAGUUAAAAGAGGGAGUUAAUAAUCAAUCAAAUGUACUAAAAAUAUGUGAAAGACAUUUUCCUGAAAUACUGCAGCCUCCCGUGAAAAGAAUGCACUUUUAUUAA